AUGUUCGACUACGGAGAUAUCUCGGGACCCGAGCUGGUUUGCAGCGGCUGCGGUUUCCGGCAAUCCUUUGACCCCGAGAAGCCCCUCUCUUCCGUGGCCACGAUCUACGAGAGGGCCGGGAUACUCUGCGGCGGUGCUGGCGAAACCGCCCUGGUGGAGCACCACCGCGGAGGCGGGAAGCUGACCUGGGCGACUCCGGUGACGUACGUUAGGUUGCAGAUCCCUUUCUGGAUGUUUCUGGGAGGUUACACCCUUCCACAGUGGACCUGUGGCUCUGUUGGGUUCCAACGAGAGGUGGACUUUGAGAUGGAGGAUGAGGUCACUGAACACCCGGAGAUUGACCAAGAAUGCCCCAGUGGGGAGACCCAGUUGGAUGGAGUGGCUGAUAUCCAGCAGCUGCGGCCACGACAAGUUGCAGUUUUGGACGCGGCAGUUGCGUUCGGCCGACGAGGGGCUCAGCGUGUUCUUUCUUUGCAAGGAAACUCAGUGCUCGCUACAGCUGCUACAGCCGGAAGAUCGCCCACGGUGGCGAUCUUCAAUGUGGCAAUGAUUGGACAUGUGAAUCCAGCCUUUGCUCUGGUCCAGGAGCUAGUCAGGAGAGGUUGCCGUGUUCACUACUUCCUGCCAGCUGUUGAGCAGAUCUGUUCAGCUGCCAAGGAGUCAGGUGCCGAGGUGGAGAGCUACCUUCCUGACAUGCCAGAUCUGGUGCUGGAGCACUGUGGCAUCGAGGCCAUUCUUACGUGUCGUGUCAAGGAGCCACAUGAGGAGAUUCUUCCAGAUGAACAAGCCCUGUGGGAACGCGCAGUAUGGCCACUGGCCAGCACCCUGCUGUGUGGUGAGUACCUCAUCCAGCGCUGCCGUGCGCUGGGCGUCUCAGUGGUGUUGUACGAUCCCAUGACGCCCCAUGGCCUCCUGGUGGCGCAGAAGUUAAACCUUCCCAAGGCGUCCCUGGUGACCUACCCGGGCAUGGGCAGCCUAGCAGAUUUGAUGAAGAUCGGCUGCUGCGGGCUGCAAAGAUCCGGGCGCCCUACGGACGCCAGGUCUAUGAAAAGUUUGGAGUCGACUUGGAAGUGGAGCUACUCACGAGAAGGCAAUACUUCGCCCCCGUGA